AUGGGAUCCUAUUCACCAACUUCGCGGUUUAAGGACCUUGACACUAUCCCUCUUGACCCCCAUUAUGCGCUCAAAGAAACCUUUCAAGCCGAUCCAGACCCAAGAAAGGUAAUCCUUGGGUCGGGUUUAUAUCGCGACGACGAUUCAAAGCCUUGGGUGCUCCCAGUAGUCAAAAAGGUACUCUUUGGUCCACAAAGCCUCAAUGAAAGUCGUCUGGUCUCAAUCCAAACCAUCUCAGGAACGGGAGCCAACUUUCUUGGGGCACGCUUCCUGGCUGAAACCCUGAAGCCAUCUGCUGUGUGGCUUUCAGACCCCAGCUGGGUCAAUCAUGCCAACAUUUGGGGGCUCGUUAAUGUCAACGUUAAACGAUACCCUUACUGGAAUGCAAAGACCAAGAGUCUAGACUUCAAUAACAUGAUUGAGAAGCUUCAGACUGACGCUAUUGCUGGAGAUGUUAUACUGCUCCACGCUUGUGCUCACAACCCCACUGGUGUCGAUCCUAACAAGGAGCAAUGGAGAAAGAUUGCUGACGUUUGUGAACGAAAACAACUUUUUCCGCUCUUCGACUGUGCCUACCAGGGAUUCGCGACAGGAAAUCUUGAUGAUGACGCAUGGGCAAUUCGCCAUUUUAUUGACCGUGGUACCAUGGAACUCGCCGUUUGCCAGUCUUUCUCCAAGAACAUGGGCUUAUACGGGGAGCGUGUUGGCGCAUUGCACAUGUUUUGCGCAACAUCUACAGACGCUGAAAAGGUUCGUGGCCAUCUCUGUCGUCUCCAGCGAGGUCAGAUCUCUCAGCCUCCCACAAACGGAGCGAGAAUUGCAGCAACCAUACUCUCAGACUCCAAGUUGUUCCAAGAUUGGGUCACAGACCUUGGAGAAAUGAGCAGCCGGAUCAAGGAGAUGCGAAAAUCUCUCUAUGAUAACCUCAUGAUUCUUGACACGCCAGGAAAAUGGGAUCAUAUCGUUUCGCAGAUUGGCAUGUUUUCAUACACGGGAUUGACUCCAGAGCAAGUUGCUUCUAUUCAACAAGAUAGCCACGUUUACAUUUUGAAAUCAGGCCGUAUCUCGGUCGCAGGACUCAACUCUAAGAAUGUUGACAAAUCAGUUGUCGAAUUCGCAAUAGUUGGGAUGAAGUAG